AACUUCGAAACCCUCUUUUCGGUCUUCACUUCGCGCUAGAGUUGAUCCCUCUCCAUCCUAUUCGCCGACCACCUCCUCUUCUCCUCCGCCGCCGGUUUCAGAUCUUGAUCGCUGUCUAGAAGUUUUACUUUUAUUGUUGGAGAAAGAGCUAAUUGGAGAAAGAUGGCGACUCAAGCUGCUGCUGCCUCAUUCAAUGGCAAUUUAAAGAAAGCAAUGGCCGGGAUAAAGCGUAUCAAUCUUGAUGGUCUCAGAUGGCGAGUAUUUGAUGCCAAAGGCCAGGUUCUCGGUAGAUUAGCAUCCCAAUUAUCAACCGUGCUUCAAGGCAAAGACAAACCAACUUAUACUCCAAACCGUGACGAUGGGGACAUGUGCAUUGUUCUCAAUGCUAAGGAUAUAUGUGUAACAGGAAGAAAGCUCACUGACAAAUUCUACCGUUGGCACACUGGGUAUAUCGGUCACCUCAAGGAGAGGAGUCUAAAAGAUCAAAUGGCCAAAGAUCCGACAGAGGUGAUCCGCAAGGCUGUUCUGCGUAUGCUUCCUAGGAACAAUCUGCGUGAUGAUAGGGACCGGAAGCUGAGGAUAUUCGCAGGGGAUGAGCAUCCAUUCGGUGACAGGCCACUCGAACAGUUUGUGAUGUCUCCGAGGAGAGUGAGGGAAAUGCGGCCACGUGCUAGGCGGGCAAUGAUCCGCGCCCAGAAGAAGGCCGAGCAGUCGGAGCAUGGAGGGACUGAUACUAAGAGAGGCAAGAACAGGGCUUCCUCUCAAGUUUAGAUAGUAGCUCUCUCCUUACGAGUGAAGUGACUUUUCUUGGAGUUUUGGUUCAAUGCCUUUUGGUCUUACCGUCUGUAUUAAUAAAUUGCUGGUGCUGAUGAUAUAAGCUCUGUGGGGAUUGUAGAAUGCCGAAUUUUCUUGAAAAACUGCAAGCAUUCAGGACUUGGAAAGGAAAGACAGCACGGUUUUUUUGUU